ACGCAAGGCCUAUCAUUUGUCACUCCCUGUCAAAUUACAAACACAAAGUGUGUAAAUACGACACACACAGACUAAUGACAUCAUAAUGCAAAACUUCAGAAGACGCUGUGACAGGUGGCAAACUUGAUCUACCUGUAAAUAUGGGGGAAGAUCUGGCAAAAUGCAUUUAAUGAAUGGGCCAAUUCAUGGAGAGCAGUAUGGCAAACAAACCAAAUAUUCAUGUGUUUUUGGGUGCUCCAUGUUCUCAAGCCCUCAAUGUAGAGGUGCAGGACAGAGCGGCCACACACUGGACAACAAUGGACUUCACUUGGAGUCAAGGUCAGCUGAUUCCCAAGCACACCACUGGAGAGGCCCAAACAAAUGAUGAGUCUGGUGUGGAGGUUAAUGACUGGCUGAAAUCUGCUGUUGCCUCUGAUAAACUACCUGGGAGGAGGGAAGAAGAAAACAAAAUAUCGGAGGACGACAGCACUCCAUCAGGCUGCCAAUCAAAGCCAGAAUCUGUUGAAGAAGAGGAGUUGUGUCCUGUAUUAGUGACAGAAUAUCUUGAUAGUUGCUUCUCUUGUUUAGCUGGACAGAGCAGAGAUGGAAGGUCUAGGUCACCAGUUUCCAUCGAGACUGAGUAUCUGAGUUCAUGGACAAAGUCUCAAGCUUUGCUUCUUCGAAGUAGAGUGUCUCAAUGUCCAACUUCUGGACUAAUUGAAGAAUUUCUUCUCGGUUCUCCACACACCCCUCCCAAACAAACAUCCUCAGCCUCUGUGAGUUCCCCGGAGUUGUAUAGUCCUGCAGUCAGUCCUGAAGAAAGAGGUUUGGGGGGAACUUUGCAAAGCUCAGGAGAGUAUGGCAGUCUGAGCCAAAGACAGCAGGAGAGAGGGCUGAUUCUGGAAAUCACAUCUGAAGGCAUCCUCUGCUCUCAGGGCAAUGCUAUACCUGAAAAAUCUGUGUAUCAGAAUAAUGAUGGGCUCAUUAAUGAUUCUCCAACUUCAACUGCACAGUCAUCACCUGGUCCCUCUGCUGCUAAAAAGAUGAAGUUCCCUCAGACUGUGUGUAAUACCAAAGGAACAACAGAUCAGAGGACAAAAACUAUUGUUGCCCCCCUGUGUGGUCCUACAGCCCUGCUGGCCAGGUGUAAGACACAUGGUGUACGGUAUGCUAUCUUGGUGGCUGUGGUGCAUCCAUGCCACUUAAAAGAGGUCAAGGUGAAAUCCGGAGCUUCUGCUGGUACCAGUGUACCGCUAGCAACGCUGAUUGUCACUGACCAAUCAGAUGUGGAGAUGAAGGUGGUUUUAUGGCGGACGUCUGCCUUCUGGGCCCUGACAGUUUAUCCAGGAGAUAUUCUGCUAAUUACAGAUGUGACCGUGCACGUUGACAAGUGGAAAAAUGAGACUGUCCUGCAGUCCUCUUUCACCAGCAAGCUGCUGAAUUUAGGACAAGUCACAAGAGAGCGUAUUCCAAUUGCUCCACAGAAUUUGAACAGUCACUCAUUGAGAACGCUGUGUACUCAUCUGUGUGAAAAGCGCCCCCUGUUGGUGUCUCUGCCGCCUCACAGGCCUCAGGAUUUGCACUCCAUCUCCUUCAUCCGCCUUGGAGCUUUACGGCCAGACACACUGGUUCAUGCUCUGCUGAGGGUUAAACACAGCAAAUUAAUCACAGCAUGGCGCGAUGAGGCAGAGGGAAUAUCCAGAGCUGGAGGUGUGUUGAAAGCUAUUUUGACUGUGGAGCAAGGAGAUGGCCAGCAGGGAGCUGUCAUACUUUGGGGAGCUGCUCUCUUAUGGCUGCAGCGUUUGGAGAGGAACAAAGAUGCUGUGUGGGAGUUCAGGAUGCUGCUAGUCAGACAGGACGUGACCUCAGGCUUGCUAGAGCUGCAUUCGACUCCAUGGGGCUCCUGUCAGCCUCUUUUUCCUGAUGACAGUCGAUGCAAGGAGUUUUACAACACUGCCCGCUCCCAGAGGACUGCUAGCUGCUUUGAGAUUGAUCUCAGCACACUCCUGUCCCAGAAACACUCAGGUGAUGUCGAACUGAAAGUUAAAAUCACAGCUUUCCAGUUCCAGACCAGUCCGUCCCAGGAGGCCUCGCUGUUAAUAAAUGGCAGCACAACCUUGGAGGGCAUCAUAGGUGUUGUCUCUGGUGAUGUCACUUUUGCUGGAUGCAGCCAGUGCUCUGCAGAGCUGGAGACAGAUGAAAAUGGCAUAUACAGACCCUGUUACCCUUGCCUACCACAUACAGGAGUGCGCCGCUACUAUAGAUCUGCUGUUUUAACGGCGAGAGCUGGAGGUGAUCAAAUCUGUGUGCAAGUCCCUCCUGCUCUAGUGCAGAAGAUCCUUUUGAACACACCCCCAGAUAAACUACAUAAGUCUGUUGCCCCAGCAUCUGAAGUGAGGUUCAUCCAGUUGACUCGACGACGUGUAGAAACAACCCGACAAUUAGUAAACACGACACAAGCUCCAUCUUUUUCGGUCUGUCAGGAGCCCAGGUUCGGUUCGGAUGAUCCUGGAGAGCACAGAAUGGCUGGAGCACUAAGCAUGGAUGAUACGCAUUAUCAAAUGAGAUUUGUGGACAAUGAGCCGAUACCGUUUAUGGAUAUUCCAUAUAUGCAUGAAGCUUUUGAGGUGAAAAAUGAGUCCUUUGUGCAAGAGACAGUUGAUGGCCCUUACAUACAGAUAAUUGAGGAGCCAAAGCAGAGAGGAUUCAGAUUUCGUUAUGAAUGUGAGGGCCCAUCCCACGGUGGCCUACCAGGGGCCUCCAGCGAAAGGAACAGGAGGACAUAUCCCACUGUCAAGUUGUUAAACUUUGUGGGCAAUGCUCGUGUGGAGGUUCAGCUGGUGACACACACAGACCCUCCUCGCGUUCACGCGCACAGCCUUGUGGGUCGACACUGUAAUGAAAGCGGGGUCUGCACUAUUGAUGUCGGGCCUAGUGAUUUCACAGCACAAUUCAGUAACUUGGGCAUCCUGCAUGUCACAAAGAGAGGAGUGGUUGAAGUCUUAACGAAAAGGCUGAAAGAAGAGAAGAGGAGGAUGAAAGAGCCUGUAAAUAAGUUUAGUGAAGCAGAGGAACAUGCUCUUAUGCAAGAAGCCAAAGAGUUGGGCAAAAGCAUGGAUCUAAACAUUGUACGAUUAAAGUUCACUGCUUACCUGCAGGACAGCAAUGGGAGUUACACCAGAGCCUUGAAGCCUGUUGUGUCCAAUCCUAUAUAUGACAGCAAAUCACCAAACGCUUCCAAUCUGAAGAUCUCUCGUAUGGAUAAAACCUCUGGGUCAGUGCUGGGAGGAGAAGAGGUCUUUUUGCUCUGUGAUAAAGUUCAAAAAGAUGAUAUUGACAUCCGCUUUUAUGAGGAGGAAGAUGACUGGGAGGCAUUAGGAGACUUUUCUCCCACUGAUGUCCACAAACAGUAUGCGAUUGUGUUUAAGACGCCUCCGUACCGCUGCACAGACAUCUCGCGACCUGUCACAGUGUUUCUGCAACUUAAGAGGAAGAAGGGUGGCGACUGCAGCGAACCAAAGCAGUUCACAUAUGUCCCACACAAUCAAGACAAAGAAGAGGUUCAGAGGAAGAGGAUGAAGGCUCUUCCAGAGCAUUAUAGUGGCUGGCGUGGAGGACCCCAGGGUGGAGCGGGGGCCUUUGGAGGACCUGGAUCUGGAACAGGAGGAGGAGGAAUGGGAGGAGGUUUCCCUUUUAAUACGAUGGAUAAUUCAGCGUUUUAUGUUGGUGGAUGUGGAGGAUAUGGUGGAGGUGCACAAAUGUCUGACUCCCCUCCUCAAACUGAUGGAGCAAACACACAGUCUCAGCCGAACUCUCAAAUACGACAACAGCUCAUUCAGAUUGCUCUACACAAUCGUGCCAAUUUGGCGGCAAAAUGCAAUGCUCGUGCUUUAUUACAGUACAGCAGCACAGGAGAUGCGCGCCCCCUGCUGGCGCUGCAGAGACAUCUGUGUGGCGUGCAAGAUGAAAACGGAGACACGCCUCUCCACUUGGCCAUUAUUCACCAGAAAACUGUUGUGGCGGAACAGCUUAUUCAGGCCUUGAACAGCAGCCCACAGCAGAAGUUCUUCAACAAACUCAACAAGCUCAGUCAGGCUCCAUUGCAUCUGGCUGUGAUCACAAAGCAACCCAAGUUAGUAGAGAAGUUGAUGAAAUCGGGUGCAGACCCGAGUCUGCUGGACCGAGAGGGCCGGACAGCGCUUCACUUGGCCGCACACACUGGUGAUGAUGCCAUACUACGACUGGUUCUGAGCCUGCUAGGAGAGCACUACUCCCAUUUAAUAAACAGCGCUGACUUCACAGGUCAGUAUCCAGUCCAUCUCGCUGUGAAGAAAGACGGAGAGCGUUGUCUGCGAUUGCUGGUAGAAGCAGGAGCAAAGAUUAACAUGCCAGAGCAGAAAAGUGGCUGCACUGCACUGCACCUGGCAGUGAGGGACAACCUGUUAAAACUGGCCUGUAAUCUCAUCACUGAGCUGAAGGCUGAUGUGAAUGCCUGUACCUACGGGGGCAACAGUCCUCUUCAUUUAGCUGCCAGUCAGGGCUCUCCACAUCUCUGCUCCAUGCUGAUCGCUGCAGGUGCUGAUAAACGCAUAGAGAACGACGAGCCUCUUUUCCUGAGCUCGUCUUCCUCAGAUGAAGAUGAGGAGAGCGAGAAGAAGCUCUCAGAAGACAUGGUUCAGCAAGUUCACUGCUUGUCGAUAUCAUCCGAGAGAGGAGUGUUUAAUCCACGAAAGCGACCUGCUGCAGGACACACUCCCUUUGACCUGGCCAAAUCCCAAAAGGUUAGAGAUUUAUUAGAUGGCAGGAAAGGCCCCAAGCCCAAUUCACUCAGCCCUAAGAGGAUUAAAAUAAGCACAGAAGAAGUAAACCAGGAUUUGAACAAUGAGGUGCUGAGCAAACUGUGUGGGAUUCUAAUUCAUGACGAUGUACCUUGGAGGGAACUGGCUGAAAAACUGGGUAUGCUGACACUUACCCAUCUGUACCAGGACAGCGCUUCACCCUGCCAGAAGCUGCUUGAAAGCUAUCAGUUGAGUGGUGGUCCUGUUGAUGCCCUGGUGGAGGCGCUGCAGGCUCUGGGUGUAAGGGAAGGAGUGAGGCUGCUGAGAGAUAGUCAACCCAAAGAAGACAAACAGAGCUCAGACUCCACAGAGGACAGUGGUUUCGGCAGUCAGUCUAUUGGAGAGGAGAUGGCAAAUCCUGCAGUGGCCAAUCACUGAUCAUCAGGAUCUAUUCAACACGGACAACUUGGCACUUUAUUAGUUUACUGGUUCAUCAGGAGCAAACCGGUGGACAGUUCAUCAUCUCAAUAAGGAAAUGCUGCACGUCAGAGAAAGGAUUGAAAAGAGCAGUUUUGAGGUCAAGAUCUCUCAAUGGUAUUACAUAACAAUAAGACAUGUAAAGAAUCGGUUGCUUCAAGAUACUCAAAUCUCUGCGGUCUGGAGUGAAGCUUCUUUUCUGCAGACAAUUCACUGCUUGUAUCUUAUCCUCAACGACAGCAACAAAAACCAUCUGACUUUACAGUAAUUUAACAAUAAUGCGACUGUCAUUUUCUAGCACAGCUGUAACCUUGACAUGUUUGUAGAAUGUACUGAUAUGAAUAUUUCUUGUCAGCCGUCAUUUGAUAUAAUAUGCAAACUAAAAAAUAUGCAUAGGUGAGAUGCAUUUUAAAUCAUUUCACUUCAUUUCUCUGAUACAUCUGAAGACUUAUGCUGUUUAUUUAUGUACAUUUUUUAUGUUGCAGUUGUGUGUUUCUUUAGAAGAUGCUGAAGUAAAUAUGUUUGUUUUAAUAAAGAUAUUUCAUUAUUCUUUGUCAUUAGACUG